AUGAAAAGAUCCCGCUCGCCAUCUCCCUCUGAACGCCAAUCAGCACCUUCAUUGCGGCCUCAGGAACCCACAAAUAUCUCAGUCCAGCACGACAUGGCUUGUCCACACCUCAGCGCCGCCUUUAUGGCAUUGGCGCCUCCUCGACCCUCGCAACAAGUUCACAAGGAAGAAUGCACGCUCUGCUUCGAUGAUCAAGAUGGGCCCAACGGCCUCGACGUUUGCCUGUUGUGCUUCAACGGAGCAUGCACCGGCAACACGGACCGCGAGCAUUCGCGACUACACUUCGAAAAGACGCAGCAUGCCCUUGUUCUCAACAUCCGUCGAACGCGACGUCCAGCUCCUCCAGCAGCGCAAGGCGAUGCCUCCUCGGUGCCCAAGAAGCUCGCAAUCGCUGCGGAAUCCGAUGCAGACAAGUACGACUAUCACACAGUACCCAGAUGUCUUGCAUGCGAUCCGAGCGGGCCAGGCCAGGAGCUGCCGAUCACGGACAAGCUCGAUGAGGUGAUCCGCGGCGUCAUGGCUGCCAUGUCUUCGGCUCAACAGAGCGAGGUCAAAGCUUGGGAGGAGGAAAUCGUCGCUUGCCAGCAUACGCGAGAGCUCGUUCAGCCAGGAGAGCCCGUCAAGCUCGAGCCUUCUGGUCUUGCCUCGUGCGGCAAGUGCGAUCUGACUUCCAACCUCUGGCUCUGCCUCACCUGCGGUCACCUCGGUUGCGGUCGAGCUCAGUUCGGUGGCGUUGGCGGCAACGGCCACGGUUUGACUCAUUUUGAAGAGACCGGUCAUCCUGUCUCUGUCAAGCAAGGUACCAUCACCGCGGAAGGCAGCGCCGACAUCUACUGUUACGCCUGCAACGACGCUCGCAUCGACCCCAGCUUGGCACAGCAUCUCGCUCACUUUGGCAUCAACGUGAUGGACCUUUCCAAGACCGAAAAGAGCAUGACAGAGCUGCAGAUCGAGCAGAACCUCAGAUUCGACUUCAACAUGACCGGCGAGGAUGGCAAGAUGCUCGAGCCUGUCUUUGGGCCGGGACUGACGGGGUUGCGCAACCUCGGCAACAGCUGCUACAUGGCCUCGGUGCUGCAAACUCUGUUUUCGUUGCCCGCUUUCAAGACGAGAUACGGUGAUGCUUAUCGUCCGCACACGCUUGCAUGCGCCAACCAACCUGCUACGUGCUUCGAGUGCCAGAUCACCAAGGUUGCCGAUGGUCUCUUGUCUGGUCGAUACUCGCAUCCUCGCGAACCCGAACAAGCUGGUGGUUCGGAAUGGAAGCCCGAAGCUGGAAGCGAGGAUGAGGUCAAGCAGCAGCAGCAACCACUGUUCCAAAAGGGGAUUCGUCCCAGCAUGUUCAAAGCUUUGGUCGGCAAGGGACACGAAGAGUUCUCUACGAUGCGACAGCAGGACGCCGACGAGUUUCUCAAGUACCUCAUCGGAAUCGUACAGAAGGAGAAUCGAAAAGUCGCAUCGUCCGAUUCUUCCUCGCCCACCGAAGACCCGACGACCGUAUUUGGCUUCGGGUUGGAGCAAAAGCUGGAGUGCAACACGUGCCACAAAGUUCGCUACAGCGUCGAGCGUCAAGAUGCCGGCCUCAGCCUGCCUGUCCCCAUCCGUCCCAAAUUGUCGCCAGAAAACGUUUCGGCGGGAAAGCAGCCUGCAGAGGGCGUUCACGCUGCCGACGCCUCCGCUUCAGCGCCGGCUACCGCGCCAGCCGCCAACAAUGGCGCAGCAGAAUACGAGCCGGUCAGCCUGGUCGAAUGCCUUGACAUCUUCACCGCACCCGAGGAGCUAGAGUACAACUGUCCCUCGUGUUGCAAGAAGGUCACCGCCACCAAAAGGACUCUGUUCACCACGUUCCCGCAAGUGCUUGCGCUGCAAGUGCGGAGAUUCCAGCUACUCAAUUGGGUGCCUCAGAAGGUGCCUGUUCCCGUCAUCGUUCCCAUCGAUACGCCGCUCGACCUCGACCGGUACCUUGGACGUGGUAAGCAGCCGCACGAGGAGGAGUUGCCCGAAGACGAAGCUGCUGCUGCUGCUGCUGCUGGAGGCGGUGGAUCGGCGAGUGCGGAGCCGGAGUGGGAUGCAGGGGUCAUGUCGCAGUUGACGAGCAUGGGAUUCCCGGAGAUUCGGUGCAAGAAGGCGUUGCUGGCGACGGGGAUGGGUGAUGCGGAGAGCGCGAUGAACUGGCUCUUCGCGCACAUGGAGGAUGCUGACAUUGACGAUCCUAUUGACUUUGGUGCUGCUAGCGGUGCGACGUCAGCUAGUGCAGCGGCCGGUGGUGGAGGAGCAGGACCUGACACCUCGAUGUUGGAGGAAAUGGGUUUCACCAAGGCUCAAGCUAGGAAAGCUCUACGACUCAACUCGAACAACCCGGAAGUGGCGGUAGCUUGGCUCUUCGAAAACCCGGAUGAUCCAGGCGAGGAUGGGACUGCUGCUGCAUCGCAAGCCGCGGUGCGCGAAGCGGGGGAGACGUCGGGAAGUUCAAGCGUGAUUCCGGGGAACAGCGAGUUGCCCGCUCGAUACACGUGCAAGAGCUUCGUCAGCCACAAGGGUCCGAGCGUGCAUAGUGGACACUACGUCGCUCACGUCAAGCAGGGCGAGGAGUGGAUCUUUUUCAACGACGAGAAGGUGGUCAAGGCUGAGCUGACGUCGAGGGGGAAGGAGGGGGAGGAUGUUGGGGUGGUGGGGUUGAGUGCCCAGGCGUAUGUGUACUUUUUCGAGAGGAGCUAG